AACGUCGGCGAAAUAGAAAACAAGAGGACAUCAGAAGCCGGAGAUCAACGCACCGCAUCUUUAUUCCCCCCCCCCAUCUUCAUCUAGAUCUGCGCCCCGAUCCCCGGCAGCUUUGGCAUCUUCCUCUGUAAGGACAACGCACGCGAACUGCCGUUAACAGAAACCCCUUCUGCAAAAUGACCGAAACGGAAACCAGGAAUCAUUGCGCCGGCAAGCAACAGAAUGGCGAUGCCCUGGCAGAGACAUCGACGGUCGAGGAUGUUUUUGACGACACCUAUAAGGAGAAGGAGGGUCCCAAACCGCCGAGGACGCUAGUGUGGAGAAAUAUUAUACUGAUGUCCCUCCUACAUAUCGGUGCGCUUUAUGGACUGAUUAUCAUUCCUUCCGCAUCGAGCUUUACUCUUGCAUGGGCUGCAGCGUGCUACCUCAUCAGCGCUCUCGGUGUGACUGCAGGUGCGCACAGAUUAUGGAGCCACAGAUCCUAUAAGGCUUCUUUACCCCUGCGAGUCUUCCUCGCCAUUGCCAACUCAAUGGCCUUUCAGAAUGACAUAUACGAGUGGGCGAGGGACCACCGCGUCCACCACAAGUACUCUGAGACAGAUGCAGACCCCCACAAUGCCUCGCGGGGCUUCUUCUUCGCUCACAUCGGCUGGCUGCUGGUUCGCAAACAUCCCGACGUCAUUGAAAAGGGACAGAAACUGGAGCUGUCGGACCUGAAGGCAGAUAAAGUGGUUAUGUUUCAGAGACGUCACUACAAGCUCUCUGUGGUGGUCCUUUGCUUCCUCGUGCCUACCCUAGUUCCCUGGUUCUUCUGGGGUGAAUCCUUGCUUGUGGCAUACUUCAUCCCUGGGCUCCUGAGAUACGCUGUGGUGCUCAACGCCACCUGGCUGGUCAACAGCGCUGCACACAUGUGGGGCAACAGGCCUUAUGACAAGACCAUUAACCCAAGGGAAAACCCACUGGUUGCCCUCAGUACCAUAGGUGAAGGCUUCCACAACUACCAUCACACGUUCCCCUUUGACUACGCCUCCAGUGAGUUUGGCUUCAAGCUCAAUAUCACCACUGCCUUUAUUGACCUCAUGUGCUUCCUGGGUCUGGCCAAGGACUGCAAGAUGGUGUCGAAGGAAAUGAUCAUUGCUCGCGCUAAUCGAACGGGGGAUGGCAGCAAAAAAAGUGGCUGAGUAACACUGACUACAAAUGCCGCAAAUUAUAUUGACGUGUUGAACCAAGACAGACUGUAGCGACAUGUAUAGCCUAAUUUCAGUAGUGGGGUGGUGAUUACAAUGCUUCUGAUUAUAAUUUAAACCUCUUCCUGAGAAUAAUACUGGCUUUAAAAAGUUACAGACAUUUCCAUAUGUAGUGUGGGUCUCUUUUAAGUUUUGAAGUGUCCUCACUGACUAUUCGCCACAGCCAGCGACUUGGAUACAUGUGCAAGCACAGCUUUUUUUUUUCACCAUAACAUCAAACAGGCACAAAGAGAAAGAUAAAGUUUAAUUGGGAUUUAAGACUCUUUUUUGGCAGCAGCCAGGCAGCCAAACAGGUCUGUGUGAGCAGUGUGUGAAAGCAGUAAUUACAGAAUAAUUCACUGUAUCUCUUAUUUAUUAAUGUGCUAUUUAUUAAUAGUCUUUGGCACUUUGAAAGCUUUAUUGAAACCCCUAACAGUGAGGUUUUUCUACAUGCAAGACUGAGGGCCUUUUGCUCUAACUUCAGUCAGUAGUGCUUUGUUUCAUUCCACAGGAAGCGCAGUUUAAUCUUGGUAUUUGUCUAUUUUAAGCUAAGGUUUUCUUUAUUUUUGGUCAACUUGUAGUCUUACUAAACCAGAAGCUGCUGUGUUCUAGGCUUGAUUUAUCAUACUUGAGUAACCCUGGCUGAAUGCAGGGCAGAUGGGAUGCUUUGGGAUGCUUUCACACUCACUGUUCACUCUCCAACUGUUCAAGGGGCUCUUAAUAAGGAUUUAUAAGACGUUCUCUGGUGUAACGCUGUGUAUACCUCUGGUUGAGUAGUGAAGUCGCCUCUGACUUCUCACUCUUAAUCUGAAAAGAGAGAAUGAUUUGCAUUUAUUUUGUACUAAAACGCACAUUGAAAUACGCUCAGAUAUAAGAAUCUCCCUCAGAUAAGGCCAAUACGUAGGAGGUGCAUUUACCUUUUGUGCUGUGUGAUAUUAUUGAAUCAUAUUCCAGGACUUGUGCCCAAAUGCCUUAUGAGGGUUGCACACCUGUUUAAAAAAUUAAAAAUGCAAGAUAUGGAAAUAAAUUAUAUCUUAAAUUUUCUGUCUAUUUGCGAUUGUGUGGUGUUUGUUUUUAAGGGAAACUGGAAAAACUGUAAUCCCUUAUUUAUAAUGAAAAAAAGGGACCAUUCAACAAAUCCUAAAAAAAUGAUGCUUUACUAUGAUUUGUGAAACCAAACAAAUACUAUUCUCUAAAACAAGAUCCAAACUUGUUAUAAUAUCAAUAAGGAUACUGCUGUAAUAUUUGUCACAUUUCCUCUUUUACAGAGCAACGAUUUUUUACAGUGUUAACUUCUUGAAUUUUGAAUGCCUUAAAAAAUGGCACAUUUUUUCAAAGAAUGUUUUUGCCCACAGUGUGUACCGUAAAUAAACCAAAUUUUCUACUUGUGACAAGGCAUGUUUUGCUGUUUUUGUUGGAAUUCUGUAAUAUUCCUUAUUCGUAUACUGAAUAA